CUUCACUUUACCAGCCAAUGGAUAUCUGUCCUCAAGUUAUCCACGAUGUGGGAAUGUACAAGCCUCCGUGCAGCAGCCAUAUCUUGGUUGGAUGGUAGCAGUGCGACUCUUGGCGAUGUUGAGAAGGUUGCGCUCGCCAUGCAAUAUGACAUCAAGGGCUGGCUACUUCCUUCUCUUCUCGCACUGGCUCAAAGACACAAUCCGAUUAGUGUAGAGGAAGGUAGGCGUUUGGGUAUUGAAACGGCACUGAAGUUGGCAUCGGUGCGGGAGGGGCUUCGGCUGGAGAGACUGGACCCCACAGCUGCACGACUGGACUUCGCACCCAUGAUACAGAAGGUUUUCGAACUACAAGUGUAGGACUUCAGUGCAUGUCAUAUAAUAGAUUUGAAUGAUAAACGAGGUGAUUACGG